AUGGUCAUCAUUUCGAAUGCAAUUUAUCUAGGGAUACAGGUAGAGAGCAUCGACCCUACCACUCCUCCAGGACCACAGCCUGCGACCUUGGCUGUGCACCUGACGUAUGCGAUCAUUUUUUCUUUUGAAGUGGUGUUGCGUUUUACAGCUGCUGGGCCACGGCAGUACGUGUGCGGUCUAGACUGGGCUUGGAAUUGGCUGGACAUGUCCGUGGUCUUCUCCUCUUGGACUGUGAUUGCACUUGAUUUCCUUUACGAGGAUGCUGCCGAUACUGGAGUGAGUUCCAGUAUACGGAUUGUUCGCAUCAUCCGUGCAUCCAGGCUGCUUCGGAUCUUGCGAACUGUAUGGGUCAUUCGCUUUGUCGGUGCCCUGCGGACGCUUGUUUCCUCCCUGGUAGAUACGCUCCGGUCGCUGUUCUGGGCUUUGCUUCUUCUCUUUCUCAUCAUGUAUGUCUUUGGUAUUCUCUUCACCGAUGUUGUCCUUGAGCACAUGCAAGCUGAAGGGGUGAUGGAUCCAAAGCUGAUCCAGUACUUUGGAUCGCUGUACACCUCCAUUGCGACUCUUUUCAGGUCGAUUUCAGGGGGCCUGGACUGGGAGGCGGCGGCAGACAGCUUGAACCCGCUGGGAAUCUUCUGGGUGCAGGUCUUCCAAUUGUACGUGGCUUUUGUAAGCUUCGCCGUGUUAAAUGUCAUGACAGGAGUUUUCUGCAACAGCGCCAUAAAAUCUGCCGAGCGGGAUCAGAAGGCAAAGCUGGAGGAUCGUCAUGAUUUCCGAGCGUUGAUGAUGAAGAUUUUCAAGCAGAUUGAUUCCAGUGGUGAUGGAAAGUUGACAUUGACAGAGUUUGAAUCGCUGUUCGAUAGUGAAGCUAUGAAAGCUUUGAUGGAGACAGCAGAAAUAAAAGCGACAGACGCGUGGACAUUGUUUACAAGUUUGGAUCAAGACGGUGACAAUCUGGUUGAUGUUAACGAAUUUAUCGAGCGAUGUUUGCAACUGCAUGGUCCAGCACGUGCGUUAGACUUGCAUUCGCUGACCCGCCAAAACAUGAAGCUCGCAGAGCAGUUGGCAACAAUUGAGUUGGCACAGAAGCAGCAGAUGCGGAUGUUCACCCUGCCAUUGCGAGGCACAGUUCAUUUUCAAGACGAAAAUUUGGAGGAUCUUCGUUACAACUGGGACUGGUGGCGAGCAAAGGUGGUAUCCGACAUCCUGUCCGUGCUGCAGACGUCCACUUGUGUGAUUGAAUUGUUGCCUGGAUGCAUAGCUAGCGGCUGGGCUGAGGCUGGCUCCUCCAGCGGAACACCUCGCUAUGCUUACGUUUGCGUUGUUUGGGGUGCCAGCGACGGCUAUGCCUUGGGUGCUUCAGUGCUCGGCAAGAAGCUUCAGGAACUACAAGCGGAGCAAGGUGAAUCGGCAGACCUGAUUCUGAUGCACACCGAUGAUGUACCCGAGAACUAUUUGGAGCAGCUCGCAAAGAUCUGGAAUCUUCAAAGCACAGAGUACAUCGACGGUGUCUCCGCCCUCUACACGACCAAGGGGACACGCUUUGAUGGCGUGUUCACCAAGCUGAGUGCAUGGAAGCUGGUUGAGUAUGAUAAAGUCAUUCUGUUGGAUAUUGACACGCUCCCGCUGAAGCCGCUCAGUGCUCUGUUUGAGCUUGAGCCGCCUGCAGCACUGGUGCGUGGAAGCAGUGACAUGGAGCACGGUGCCGUCAUAGAUGGGCGCUGUUUCUUCAGCGAGGGAGAUGGGGAGCCGGGUGGCUGGCUCCAGUCAGGAGGAAUCAAUGCGGGGGUGAUCCUUCUGCGGCCUUCUCUAACCAUCUUCGAGCAAAUGCUCAGUGAAGUGACUUCUCAACAUCAUCCAGCGCACAUUGCAGGAAAUGGCCCAGAGCAGGAUUAUCUUACGCGUUUUUUUGCUGCGAGAGUCGACACGCCUUGGCGACACAUCGAUGUAUCCUACAAUUUCCAGCUGCAUCACAUACCCUUCGCAUUAGAGCAGGUCGUGCGGUACCGAAAUCAGCUCUUUGAAUCUGAAGCUUCCGAUUGGCUUCCCCGUCGGCUCAGUAUUGACUUGGAGGACAUCAAGCUGGUGCACUUCAGCGGCGAGUUGAAGUACUGGCACAUGACGCUGUGUCGAGGGGCGGAGAUGGCAGAGGCAGAACUCUGCAUGGAGAGGUUCGUGGAGCAGAUGUUGGCCGAAUUCGCAUCCUACGGAGCUUGGGUCACCGGGGAGGAGGACUGUGUAGACUAUGGAGCUCAACGGCGGGAUGGACGCAUUGUGCUUGCUGGCAACCCCAUGGAAGACAUUACUGAUUUCGUGGCACGAGCCUUCCAACAUGCUCGGACAAUUUGUGCAGCUUCCUGCAAUGCCUGGCACAGCUGCGCACUUCGGCUCUUGCAGCAGCUGCCAGGUUUGCUUCACGAGCUGGACAAUCCGCGUGUUCCGCAAGGUUGUGCAGCAGUUGGGGCCGAAGUGGAGGUGCUGUGGCCAGAUGAAGGCUCAACGUGGCAUCCCGCGCGUGUGUGUGGUGUGCAUGCUGAUGGAACCUACACGGUACACUACUAUACGGAGGAUCGCAGCUGGUCCUCCUGCAAGGAGCGAAAUGUUAGUACUGCACGUGUUAGAGCGUUGGGGGCUUGA